AUGGACGCAGGAUCCGAACUCACCUUCGUCACGGAGAAUCUCAUUCGGCAGUUCAACAUCCCUCGUCAAUACUCAGGUAUGGGCGUCAAUGGAAUUGCAGGCAAGGAGUGUACUCGAACACGAGGAGUCGUGUCGCUCACGUUGCGCUCGACACAUUCCAACGCACCUGCCACAAUUCAAGCUCAUGUCCUCCGGACAGUUACAUCAAUCUUACCAUCUUUCGAGGCGGAACCGGAAGAAUGGCCGCAUCUCAGGACCUUGGCACUAGCCGAUCCAGACUGUCUCAUCCCGCUGCCUGUUGACAUCCUCAUCGGCGCAGACGCUUACGGGCAAAUCAUCAAGCCCAAUAUCAUUAGGCAUUCUCCACUCAUGCCGAUAGCGCAACUCUCUAUCUUCGGAUGGCUCGUUCUUGGACCAGUCAACAGAGAAGCAAGACGCACAUCAACGCAUCAUGCUGCUACUCAAUUCAACGAGGAUGCUCUUAAUGAGUUAUUGACGAAAUUUUGGAAUCAAGAGGAGGUGCCUACUCACGAUGUCACUCAGCUCACUCCUAACGAGCAGAGGUGCGAGAAGUACUUCAAUACUACACACUCUCGUGAUUCUUCAGAGAGGUACAUCGUCAGGAUUCUACUCAAUUCACCAGACGAUCUUUUGGGUGAUUCUUACAACGUCGCUCAUCAAUGUCUGAAGGGAUUACGCAGACGAUUCUCAAGGGAUGUGAAUGAUCAACGUCUCUAUCAACAAUUCAUGAUUGAGUACGAGACACUCAACCACAUGACGAAGGCAUCAUUCAUCUCCAGUCAUCGCUCACAAUUUCACCUGCCACAUCUCGGUGUUCUCAAACCUGACAGUACUACAACGAAGCUGCGGUUCGUUUAUAAUGGCUCCAGCGCAUCCACAUCAGGCUACUCUGUCAACGACCUCAUGUACACUGGAGCAAAAUUACAUCUGAACAUCUCAGAGGUUCUACCAUGGAUACGUAGACAUCGUCACAUGUUCGCUACGGACAUCACCAAAAUGGACAGACAGAUUCAGACUCACAAGGAUGACUGGGAGUUACAACGGAUACUCUGGAUGGACAAUCAGCUCAAUGAGGUGCCAUAUCAUUCAACAACGGUCACUUACGGGACGAAGGUCGCACCAUUCUCAGCCUUACGGUCCUUGUUACAAUUAACAGAAGACGAAGGACAUAGUUUCCCACUGGCUGUGCCAGUUAUCACUCACGGCAGGUAUGUCAAUGAUAUAUUUGGUGGUGCAGAUACAAUACAACAAUUGCAGGAGGUCGCACAUCAACUAAAGGGCCUCUGCAUCUCGGGCGGCUUCCCACUGGCAAAAUGGCAUGCAACUCAUCUCGACAUACUCAAGACUGUCACCGACAACGAAGACCAAGGCUCACAAAUCACCUUCGACGAUUGCGCAACCAAGAUACUCGGACUCAAAUGGCUCCCUCAAGAAGAUACAUUUGCAUUCUCAACCAGGAACUCACUCACUGAAGGCAGACUCACAAAACGCCUCGUCUUAUCUGAAGUGGCUCAGAUACUCGAUCCACUUGGUUUUGCAUCACCUGUCGUGAUCAAGGCCAAAAUUCACCAGCAGGAGCUGUAG